UCCUGCCUCCCAGAGCAUUGACCCACGAGAAUAUACUCUCAGGGUACUGAGGCGCAAUACUUAAGGGGUCUGUGAUUCUGCGAGAUCCAGUCGAUACCACUUUCGUAAUUACUCACAUUCCCAAAACUACUAUCGACUACCACCUCCAGUCUCCUAUACCGAAUAUCAGGCUUCCAAGAUCCGUCACCCAAGACCCAGACCCAAUGUGUAUCUUUGUCGAGCGCAAGUAUGUCUGCCACGACCCAGAGGCCGUCGAAGCCGCCGUAAAUUCCAACCGCCAACCUACCCCGAUUGCCGACCCCCUGAAGCCGUGGAGGUCAUACGAGCAUGGCCAAGUGAUUAACGCAGCUGCCCAAACGGCAUGGCAUGUCCUCAAAAGCAGGGUUCGAUGCGCCUGCCUUAACGCCCGUAUGUGCACCACCGGGCCUCGUGAAGUCCGCACCGAGGUCUACGCCAACCGAUCCUGCCCAGACUGCACCGGGUCAGAUCGAUGCGUGUCCCUGCAGCCGCCCACGCUGGUGGCGGUAGAUGGCCACGAUAAGCUGAAGAUCUUUGAAAGAGGGCAGCUCGCCUAUAUCGCCGAGAGGUUUCUCACACAAGCAAUAUCCCACGAGACCGCCGUGUGGUCCGACUUGAUGGUAGCGCUCGGCCUUGGCCCGAUCUGUAAAGAAUGGGAAUCCCAGCUCUUCAUCUCCCAAGCCUGCACUAUUGACCCUAGCCAUGUCUGCGAGCAUAGAUAUGUGGCCCGCUCUUGCCGUGUUCCUUGUCCGUGCUUUGAGGCGCCCGAAGCACACAAUGUACUAAGGAGCUUUAGGAUAGCAGAGGCUGACCGUGCGGAAAGCCAUGGGCCUGCGCAGUACGGCAGGAAUCUCUGGGUCCGUGACGCAGAGGGUCGUAGGGUGCGCAAGGAUGGCCGACCACUUCCGCUGCCCCAGAUCGAAUGGUACCGUAACAAUCUACAGCGCGAGAUUGACCAGAGGGAAAAUGCUACGCAGGACUGGUAUGCCGAUAACCCCAUCUGUAGCGUCCGGGAUGAGGAUUGGCAUGCCUUACUCUGGCACAAGCUAAACCGCCUGCCAAAUCACGAGGAUCGGCAAUACGCUACCUGGGCCAAACGCUUCAGGCACGGCUAUUUUAUGUUCAAAACGAUGGCCAACGACCCAGGCCUGAGCAGCGGAGUAGCCGCCAUGCUCCGACAGAUGCUGCCCUGCCUCCUCGAUCCCGACGGCCCCGUGCAAGGGCCAACGUACAGAUGCGGACGCGGUGUCUUCAUUCACAGCACACUCAAGAGCUUUGUCAAGACCAUUGAUGGAAUGCCCAACAUACUUGCCACUCUCCUCGCAAUGCGGGAGCCAAACCGAAGGAUUCUGUGGGAGGACUGUAUGGCAAACCGACGGAGGCGAAUGAGCGAGGCUGUGAUGCGGGAGAUUGCAUUCGACAACUUUGUGCGCCAGCCGUGUUUUGCCAUUGAGGGCGCCGUCGCUCAGCAGGAGAACAUGGUCUGCCCCAUCUGCAGUGAGCCGUGGAGCUGGCAAUGGCCCCUGAUGAGAUUGCCCUGCUGCCAACAGGCCGCCCACGUCGUUUGCGCGAAGAAGCACUUUCAAGCCCAGGACAAGAGGAUGAGGCCGACGUGCCCCUUUUGCAGGGAGGACAUGGUGGCUUGCGGUUGGAGGCCGACGAUCCACCUCCUGUUGACGUUCGCGACCACCUUUUCGAAUAAUGCUGGGCUUCUGCCCGCAGGGCCUGUGCCCUUGACCGUGCCUCAGCCUGCUCAGCCAGCGCAGCCAGCUCAGCCUGCUCUGCCUGAUAUGCCUCCUGUCCCUCUGCCUCCUGUCGUGGACAUAGACUCAGACUCAGACUCAGACUCAGACAUGAACGAGGACGUGGACAUGAACGAUGGCAAUGACGAUGAAGAUGAAGAUGAAGAUGAAGAGGAGUUGUAGGAGGGCGGCCUGGCGGAGACAGCUUGAGAGCAGUACAGCACUCUCUUGACCAUCAGCCACGAUGGAGCACGGGUGAGCAAUGGGCUCUUUUGUGAUAUGAAGGCCUGCAAAGGUAAGUCAGUACUAGCAGAUGCACAAAGCUUCAUAUGUCAGUUAGUUGAGGUAAGUACGCACCUAGGGUUGGGACAUCCAUUAGACUAUAGCAUGAAUCAUGAUCCAUUAGGACCAACCUCCUCAAAGGACGGGCAAAUGAUGCGCAAACUGAAAUGAGACGCUGGAGAGGGGAAAUGUUGAAAGUGUGGCCACUGACCGGCCUCCCGCAUAUCCGAGCCUCAAUGG